AUUUAAUGUUACAAACUCCUUAGUGAUUAAACAUUUCAGACCCACUAGAUAAGCUAAAUUAAAAGACAUUGUUUAUCAAUUUCAGUCACAAAAUUUUGAAUAAGCACGUGUUGUUCUGUCAAGUGUCAAAUUUUUGAGGUUAGCUUGCAUUGAUGUCAUGACAAACGUUAAUGAUGAAUUUUGUACGUCUACGUUUCUCUUGCACACUCUGUAUAAUCAAAAUAAUUUGAUUGAUUCAAAAAAACGGAAUAUCCGAUUUGCCAUUAUGUUUUUUUUGAUGUGAAAAGUGAGCGUUUGAGCCGAAUUUUGUCGAGUUUGUGUUUUCCAUAAUUUAAAGGUGAUUGCGUCUUAGAAAUGUUUAUAAUUCAUCACCAGAAGCUAAUUUAUUAAAAUUGUGUUCAGAACAAUGGAUCCAGACGAAGCCUUGAAGCAUCUAGCUGAAACUACGGGUUUGUCAUAUGUCGAUUUGAUACAGAGAUUGCAGAAACUUACUUCAUCUACUGUAAAUCCAGGAAAAAGUGAGCAAAGCACUUCUUUGCUAGUUGAAUGCGAAUCUACUCAGUCCAAUCAGGAAACCCAAGAGGAAAAUGUCGCUAAUAAAACGAAAGAUGAAUGUGAUAGUGUUUAUAAAGAAGUCGAGCAGUCUAGUGAGAUUUCUACGAAAGGAAGUUGUUCAAAUUCACCUAGCAUUUGUAAAGUUAUUGAAGAUGACGCUAGAGAAGAGGCUUCUAAUUCAAGAGUAAAUGAAUCUCAAGAACCCACAAUAGUUAGCAAUGGAUCGAGCGAUGGUAAAGUCAUUGAAGAUGAAGCUGAAGAAGAUACUAAAGAAGAGGCUUCUAAUUCAAUAGUAAAUGAAUCACAAGAACCUACAAUAGUUAGCAAUGGAUCUAGCGAAGGUAAAGUUAUUGAAGAUGAAGCUGAAGAAGAUACUAAAGAAGAGGCUUCUAAUUCAAUAGUAAAUGAAUCACAAGAACCUACAGUAAUUAACAAUGGAUCUAGCGAUGGUAAAGUUAUUGAUGAUGAAGCUGAAGUAGAUACUAAAGAAGAGGCUUCUAAUUCAAUAGUAGAUGAAUCACGAGAACCUACAGUAAUUAGCAAUGGAUCUAGCGAUGGUAAAGUUAUUGAAGAUGAAGCUGGAGAAGAUUCUAUAGAAGAUGUUUCUAAUUCAACAUUAGAUGAAUCACAAGCACAUUUAGAAAUAAUUAAUAUAUCAACUGAAAGUGAAGAGGUAGAGGAUGUAGAAAAUUUAGCAGAAAUCACAAAAAGAAAAAGAAAAUUUGAAGAAGUCGCCGAAAGCACAAAAGUAGAAAACAAACUUGACCCACACGUUGACUCGACAUUUAUUCAAAUCAAAUCUCCUCCGGAUGUUAAAAAAAACGAAUACAUUUUUGAGAACAAUAUCUCAUCUAAACAACCCCUUUCUUCUUCCAAAAAUUUGAAAAUAAUUGAAAAACAUAUACUUGAGUUGGAUCAUACCAACCAAUGGUUUGCUUCAUCGCCGGCUUUAGAACCGAAAACUUCAACUCUAGCCGUUUCUAAAAAUAAUACAGUAACUUCUAAUACAAUUACGAAUAUUACUACCUCAUUCCCAACAUUAAAUGAUAAUAAAAAUGAUGAAAGCGAGAACAAUGCAGAAAACGAAAAUGUAGCAAAUGACGAGGUCGAAUUGUUGAGUAAGUUAGAUAAAUCAAUAAUUGAGGGGAAACCUCGUUUUCGAACUAGUUGUACUUUGCCUAUUUUAAAACCAUUCGUUAACUCGCUUCGUGGAAAACACCACCAUAAUUCCAACCAUAACACGGAAGUUUCCUCCGAAUAUAAUUUAGAUGACCCCGAACCAGAAUUGAAUGAAAAAAAUAGCGUGAAUAUUCCAAUAAGUAGGCAAUUAAGCUCGGAAGUUAGCGAUAACGAAGAAACCCAUUCCAUGGAAACUUUGGAAGACCUUAGAAAUAAUUUGAAAUUACAAUUAGAUUCGUUAAGGAUGCGAAAGAAAAACAUUUUUCCCACCGCUUUGUCGACCAAAAUAAUUGACAAUAUCGAAUGUAGCAAGAAAUUAUUUUUAUUAGAAGCUAAAGAUAGCACCGAAACCACAUCUACCCCUAAAAAUACAGAUAUAAAUAUUGUAGAAACUUCAAAAAUUGCAUCAGAGGAAGCUACAAAUAACACAGAAACUUGUUUAAAAGAUGAACAGGUUUACACCCAAACCGGUAAUUUGGGUUUUAUUAUCGCAGAAGUCCAAGGUGGAGUGCAAAUUGAUGAGUCGCCCGAAUCCCAUGUAACUUCCAAAGAAAAUAGGAAUUCAACAGACGAAGUGGAGGACAUCAGAGUAUUCGAUCAGAUUAGAAACAUCAUCAACAAAUCGAAGACAAAGUACACGGAAAUUAGUCACAAUUCCUACGCCAAAAUCGACCCUGAAAGACAACUUAAUAAUCCAGAAGAAGGUAAAACAACCAAUGAGUCCGUGUCUCUUGAAUAUUCGCAAUAUUCUUCAAGUGAAGCGACAGACGUGGAUGAAAAAUCCCCGUUUGUCAGCAAUUCUUUGGAUAAAUUUUUGACGUCGUCUCAAUUGAAUAUCAGUUACCAAGUACCUAAAUUAGGAGCAGAGGAGAGUUUGCAGAAAUCCAAUGAAUCCGAUAGUAAUUUCGAAAACGAAAUACCUUCGCCUUUAGUCUUAAAAAAAGUAACUACUAUAAGAAAUCGACCGUUCGAAAAGCUAAAGAAAACUCCAUUAAUAAAGGCCAAAACGGUGGCGCAAAAGAGAAAGUUAUUGGAAAGGGAGAGAAAGAGGGAAUUAAAGGAAUUAGAAAAAAUGAAAAUAAAAGAAGAACAGGAAAAAGAAGUUAAUAAAAUAGAAAAUAAAGUAGAAAUUAAAGAAGUUGUACGUCGAGAUGGAAGUUACGUUCUUUUUAACGAUUCGAAAAUUUGGGUAAAAAGUUACAGCCAUAAUACAUGCGUAGCCCGAAUUAAUUGUUCUAGAAAAUCAAAAAAUUCUUUGAUGACUCCAAGAAGAAGAAAAUUGUCGCUAUUAAACCAAGGUCAAAAAAAUCAAUCUACAAUUCGGUAUCUUCCAGGGCCUUUAUCUAAGAAACAACUUAUUUUUAAUGAGCAGUGGGAGACUUAUUUACUGAAGUUGCCACAAAUAAUAUUAGAAGUUCAACCAAAAAUUGGAGAACGAUUUAGCGAUGAUGUUCUACACAGAUUUUCCUCUUUACUUGGAGGAGAUCUGGAUGAAAAUACCAUAGAAUUUGCACUAUCAAUGGUACAAACAGAAGGUGAUAACCAACAACAAGAAAAACAACAAGAACCAUUCAAAUUCCCACUUAAGUACAACAAUAAAGCAGAAAACGUAAUAGUUCGACGUAGAAAAACUGUAGUAAAAGUCGAAAAAGCACCCGAAAUUAAACCGUCUACGAAUCCAGUAGCCGAUGUGAUAGAAAAUUUAAUAAAAUACGUGGAAAUCAAAGAGCUCGCCCCUUCGUUGAUAAAAGAAGACGACAGCCAGAAAAAAGUGGAACAAAAACUGGACAACUUACUCUCGCCCGUUAUCGAGAACAACGUAAGCGUUUUCAAGAAACCCACCAAGAAACGUUCGAAAAUCGAACUCGAAUUGCUCCGAUUGAACUGCAAAGUCGUAAACGUGGAAGUCGAAGAAGCCAAAGAAGUCCCUUGCACGGAACCGUUUUGCAAAAUGGGAUGCGUUUGCAAGAGCCUGAAGUGCGAGUACAUACCAACUUACCACUGUCAAAAGCUCGAUUGCAUGUUCAAGUGUACUUGCCCCAACGAAAAGCCACUGGUUUACAACAAGGUUACAUUACCUGCCGGCACUAAUAUCUUAUCCGAGGACGCCAUGAUUAGAAUAGAAGACGAAGCGAAGAAAAACUUGGCCAAAAUGGAGCGCGAGUUUACCCAAACUGUGAUACACACUAAUAACAAGACUAUAGUCGUCGGUAUUGGAAAUCGCAUGAAAACCAGGCGAAGUACUAAAGCUCCUGUUAAAUAUACAGAUUUCGUGGAUUCGAGAGAACCCAUAUGCACUGAAGAGAAAUUGGCAAGUCGUUGUACAGUGAACUUGACGAAACUAGACCUAUCCAAGCUAAUCCCUUACUGUUUGUUCCACAAGAAUUACAAUUGCUUUUGUAAAGGUAAAGCUACGGUUCAAUCUACCAAAAACACACCGGAAAAGGAUACAUUGAUAAAAUUACCAAAGACUAAUUAUUUAACUUUAAAAACGAGCAUAAGCGAUGUAGAAAGUAUCGAAAAUAGUUCUAAUUCCAACGAUAGUUUGUCAUUUUCCAAGCGCCCCGUAAGAAAUAUUAAGAAGCGCUCAUACUCCGAUUUUAGCGAUACUUUUAGCGAUAUCAACGACGAAAGCAGUAGGACCAUGUGCCGAAGGUCUAAGCCUAUGCUUAAAAAGUACCUCAAGAGUUACAGGUACACCAAAGACGUCACCAAAAUGGAUUUCGCCAACACCGCUACGUUCGAACAAUUCCAACGGCUCGAAAAAUUGGCCUCCAGCGGCGAAUUAUCCGAAGCCGAAUUGUUGAAAAUAUCGUUAGUGGAAGAGCGGUUCAAACGGCCCGUAGGAACCAGCAAGAGGAAGCAGGUUUUGCUAACGCGCUCCGAAGACGUUCCCGUGUUUGUAGAAAAAGUCGUUAAAGAAGAUCAGCUCAGCGAAACGUCCACUCGAAACAACAACGGCGUCGCGCCGGCGCCGGCGCCGGUGUUCGACGGCGAGAUUAUCAUCGACGAGCAGAACAUGGAUUUGCUGAAGAAAAUGGGCCCGAAAACCGUCGCCGACGGCUACGCCCGGCUGCUGCCUUGGCCUCACCUGAUCCGCGGCUUCCACAGCAACUGCAUCAACAUCUGGUGCAUGGCCAACCAACCGACGAAGUUGCUGAUUAACAAGAGCGACAAGCGGUGUCCGAAAAAUUUCGUUCCCAUCUCGCGCGCCACCCAAAUCACCGAGGUGAUAUCGUGGAUUUUGGACAACAAACUCCCCGAUACCUACCAAGCGGAUUCUCUGUCGUUCAUACUGAAGGAAACCAAAGAUAAUUUCGAAAUUUGCGGUAUUUGCACGAAGAACAUCUCGAUUAAUCUAAAAUCGGAGAAGCUCAGCGAGCCUGUUAAGACCGAAACGUGCAAUUCCACGCCUUCUUCCAUCGAUACGUUCCAGAACGCCAACGUGCUGAGUAUUGGAAAGAAGCUGGUGGUGGUGAAGGAGAAUAAUCUAGCCGUACAACGGCUGGGCCCCAUCGACAAUCCCCGGCACGUAAACUUAAUAGACAACUUCGUGCGAUUACCGCUCACCGACGCCCCGUGCAAGUGGCGCAUGAUCUACCUGAACUCGGAAUUCGCUUUCCUGUAUUUCAAGAACAGCGCCACGUCCAUUCGCUACAAAGACCUCUUCGGCGUCUCCCAGAUAUCCAGGAAAUACAACAACACGAUAUCGCUGAAAUGCAAGGAUUCGAAGAAAGAUUUGUUCGGUAUUUAUUUCGAUCCGACUUGGCGCGAUCGGAUUUACGUGGGGCCGUACGAUAUGGACGAUAGCGAGGAUAACGUGCAGACGUUGCGGUACAUCAAUCAGCGCAUCAUUUCCACUGAAAAUUUCAACAAGUUGCGAGGAAAGGACGACUACAAAUGCGGCUAUUGGUUGACUUCGAAGGUGAUGAAAAGCGCCCAGAAGGCGACGCCGCCCGAAUCGAGUACUGUGAUAGAUCUAACGUCGGAAAGCGAGAGCUUGGGCGAAUUCAAGGCGGAAAACGAAAUGAAUUGUCGUCCGCCGAUUAUUGUGCACAAUAACAAGGAGAUUAAAAUUAUCGAGGCGCCGCCCAGGAAGCCCGAGGAUUUCAACAGGUAUAUUAUAACUAAUAUACCGCAUUUCGGGUAUUUGGGGGCUUUCAUGAACCCAAGCGGGGAAAUUGACGUGUCCUGGCCUUUCGAGAAUAAGCUGUUGAGAUUCGAGGACGAGCAUAAUGCUAUAAUGUUCCUGCAAGAACGAUUUUCUUCUCUUCUUCAAUGUGUGCCAGAAACUUUCACUAUCACAGUAAUCGCAUCACACAAUAUUGAUCUUGAGCUUUAUAAGCCGAUCAAUUCCAACGUUCUUAAUGGACAUCAUAUUUGCGGCGAAUUUGGUUGUUUUAAUAUCAUGCUCUUGAACGACAAGGAAUGCCAGCAGAAGGUAGGAUGUCCCAAAGAAGAUGUUUUGAAGUUGUUCGAAAACCGAGCGAGGAAUUUCGUUAAAAAGAAAAUCGAGUAUCUCGCGGAUAUUUUAAAAAUACCACAGACAAUUAAAUAUGACUUAAAUCAUGUGUUGAAAAAGGCUACUACGGAAAUCAAUAUUGAAAAGCAAAAGGAACUUAAUUAUAUCGAAUACAAAACUCAAUUGUAUCGCAAGAAACGGGUUAUGGCUCUAGCGAUACAUAAAAUCUUGACUACCUUACCGCCUGCCCAGAGAAAUGCAGAAAACUUGAAGUUUCGAGCGAUUAUACAAAAAACGGAACCUAUUGAAAUUCAUGAUUCAGACGAUGAAUCCAGCAGGAAUUCUACAGACACAAUGGAGCAACAAGUGCUGCAACUUUCGGAAUCACCUCCAUGUGAACCAAGCAUGAGCUACAAAAUGAGCACUAAAAUAAAUUUAAACCCGAAGGGCUACAGAUCCAUUUUGAAGAAGUCCCAAGUAGCCACUAACGAAUCGUCUGUAGAUAUAAAUAAUGCGAAAUUAACGAAAACGGCUUCGAUUUUAAAAGGUAAUUUGCAGCCUGAGAAGGAUUCCAAGCUGAAAGUAGCCACAUUGAAAAAUGUGAAACUAAUGCGAACCCCUACUGGAUAUAAAUUUAUUAUAGGUAAAGAUUAUAAGAACUGCACCCCGCUUCAGUCGGAAACCCUCGGCAAAUGUAAAGAAGACAUGGACGUCGAUAGCGAUAGCAAUAAUUCAACUCCCGGUUCUAGUACGCGAAAUUAUUUAAACGCCACACUGACUCGUUCAGUGCCGACGAAAUUAAUUCAGAACGGUCCAUUCAACAAACUGAAACUUACCAACGACCAAAUACCAGUAAACAACGAUUUGAAAUCAAAGACGUUUGUUAUAGUUGAUAAUAAAGUGGUUAAUUCCGAUAGUAACUGCGAUGCUAGUCGUCUGAAUAAAAGAAUUUGCGUUAGAAAACGAGAAACUGAGGUGGAACCGAUGCUAAUCGACUGUGACGACGUAUUGGAGGACGUUAAAGCUACGAUUAAUGACUUUAAAAGUUCAUCGUGCGAAAUUAUAGAUUUGGACGAGAUAGAAAGCGAUGAAGAGAGAGUCAGUGAUAGAGAAGAGGAAAAUGUCAAAACGGAAAUCGAAUCGACUCCGAUGAGUCCGGAAUUCGUUAAUGUCUACGAUUGUAACAGUAUUAAUGAGAACAUUGCAGAUAGUUUAAAUGAAGACAUAUUGAGCAUUAGCUGAUAAAAUUAAGGUAUAAGAAGUUUUCUUAUAGUAAAUAAAUCAUUUUUAUUGCAAACAUGUCGAAUUGGAUUAUAAUUUGACUGUUCUGUAAAUUUCUAUUAUGGCUGUAUUCGCUGAAACUAGGGAAAUAAUUUGUAAAUUUACUUAUAUACACUGUUAAUAUUAGGCGAUAAGAUUUUGUUAAUCUUGUGAUAAUUGUAUGAAGACUACAGCUGGUGCAAAUUAAUGUAUUUAGUUGGUUUCUUUUAAACAGAAACAUGUUUAUUUAUUGUACAUAUUUUUAUUAUUGUAUUUAUUUAUUUAGUAACAGUUUGAAAUUACUUAUUGAACUCGUUUUGUCCUUGCACCAACAUUAUUAUUGCAUUGAAAUCUGUUAGUUUCUUUU